AUGGCCUCUCAAGCCCUCCCCCAUCACAAGACUGCUCUCAUGCCAUCUAUUAGGCCCAAGAAGAAGCUCAAGGCCCUUCACUGGGAGAAGGUUGAUGCUCCACAGGUGACGGUGUGGGCGUCCCAUGCCCCAACCGCUCAGGAGAAGGAGGAGAAAUAUGUGGAGUUGGCCAAGAAGGGUGUGUUGGACGAGGUGGAGAGGUUGUUCAUGGCGAAGGAAACCAAGAUCUUUGGUGGCAAUGCAGCAGCCAAACAGCGCAAGGACAAGAAACAAAUCAUCUCCAAUGAGCUGUCCAAGAACUUCCAGAUUGCGAUGGCGAAAUUUUCUCAGUUCCCUGCCGAAGAUGUGGUGCGGAUGAUCAUCCAUUGUGACACCGAUAUUCUGGACAAUCUGGUCGUCAUGGAGUUCCUUCAGCGGGACGAAAUGUGUACGGUUCCAGAAAAUAUCUCGAAGUCGAUGGCGCCAUAUAGCCGGGAUUGGACGGGCCCGGAUGCUGCCAGUGCGGAGCGUGAACAAGACCCUACCGAGCUCACGCGAGAGGACCAGAUUUACCUUUACACCGCGUUCGAGUUGAACCAUUACUGGAAGGCCAGAAUGCGCGCCCUUGGACUGACCCGGUCGUUUGAGUUGGAUUAUGAGCACAUAUCCGCCAAGUUACAACAGGUCGUGAAGGUCAGCGAAUCCCUGCGGGAUUCCGUUGCUCUCAUGAACGUUCUUGGUCUGAUCCUGGAUAUUGGUAAUUUCAUGAACGAUGCCAACAAGCAGGCUCAAGGUUUCAAGCUGAGCUCUCUCGCCCGUCUCGGCAUGGUCAAGGACGACAAGAACGAGACCACUUUCGCGGAUCUGGUGGAGCGAAUCGUUCGUAAUCAGUAUCCCGAAUGGGAGGGCUUCACGGACGAGAUCAGCGGGGUCAUCGCCAUCCAGAAGCUCAACGUGGACCAGCUGCGGACAGAUGCGAAGAAGUACAUCGACAACAUCAAGAAUGUACAGGCUAGCUUGGACGCAGGCAACCUGAGCGACCCCAAGAAGUUCCACCCCCAGGAUCGCGUGAGCCAGGUCGUCCAACGGAGUAUGAAGGAUGCUCGACGGAAAGCCGAGCAGAUGCAGCUCUACUUGGAUGAGAUGGUGAAAUCCUACGAUGACAUCAUGGUUUUCUACGGAGAGGACAACGCCGACGAGGGCGCCAGACGAGACUUCUUCGCGAAACUGGCUUCCUUCUUGGUGGAGUGGAAGAAAUCUAAGGAGAAGAACAUCUCGUUGGAAGAAAGUCGGAGACGCACCGAGGCGUCGCUGGCUCGCAAGCGGAACAUCAAUGCCAGUCUUGCCAAUGGUGCUCCCUCGGCUGGUGAUGCGCCAGCGUCGCCAGCUACCAGCGGGGCCAUGGAUUCGCUCCUGGAGAAGCUGCGCGCCGCGGCUCCUCAAGCGCGAGACCAGCGUGACCGCCGCCGCCGUGCCAGGCUAAAGGAGCGCCACCAGAUCCGCGUCGCUUCAGGCCAGAAGAUGCCGGAUGCCGACACCCCUGACGGUGGGAACAACGCCGAGGACGACGGCAGCGGUACCCAAGCGGGCAAUGACAACAACAGUGACGCCAAUCCCACUGAAACGGGGCUUCUCAGCCCUCCUCUCCUGGAAGCGGAAACUCCCGAGACCGCGAAGAAGGACUCCCAGCAUGUGUCGGAAAGCGAAGACGUUGCGGAUCGCGCCGCGAGCAUGUUGCAGGGACUCCGAGACAACGUGGACAACGACCGACUGAGGCGACGAAGAGAAACCGCCGAAGAAGAACGACGGAAGCGCCGGCUACGGAGACGGAACGGAGCCACCAGCACCAGUAAGGAUAGCACGGAGGGCUCUGCUCCUACAUCUGUGCCGGAACCGAUCUCGCCUCCCAGGACCGACUUGGAGCCGGACGAUGCCGCGAGUCCUCACACCGGGGAAGAUGCCAUUCCCCAGCCCCCUCUGACGCCGGCAAUUGUGGUGUCUCCCACUUCAGAGCAACAGCUCCGAUCACCCGGGGACGAUGAGCUGAUGGAAGGCUCGCCGUCGAGCAGAUCCGUCGAGUAG